AGCAACAGUGUCUCUCUCGCUGGGGUACAGGCGUUCGGUCUAUUUAACAGCAAGAGCUUGCAUUCUCAGUCUUCUAGGACUGAACAUCGCUGCGGGAAGGAAACACAACCACCACAACCAGUAACAAGGCAGUCAGUCGAGAUCGUGAUGUCUGCCUAUAAGCGGGCCACGUUUGAGGAGGAUGACCUUGUGGACUCUCCAGUAGAUGAGGUGUACCCCAACGGGAUGCAGGUAAGUUUUGGUGGUGCAAGCCGCAGUCGGAGAUGCUGGUCAGACCGGACGCACGUUGAGAAGAAGCUACUAGUAAUCGUGGGAGUGCUGUCUGUCUGUCUGCUGGCCUGUAUAUUUGUUCUGAGCCUGCGCUACAGGAACGCUCACCCCCAACUCUGCCUGUCUGAGUCCUGUAUCAAGGUUGCUAGCUCUAUCCUGGGCUCUCUGGACCGCACUGUGGACCCCUGCCAGGACUUUUACUCCUUCGCCUGUGGGAGCUGGGUGAAGACCAACCCCCUGCCUGACGGCCACUCCCGCUGGGGCACAUUCAACAGCCUGUGGGAGCACAACCAAGCUAUCAUGAAGCACCUGCUGGAGAACACCACCAUGAACGGGACGAGCGAGGCCGAGCGCAAAGCACAGAGGUACUUCCAGUCCUGUAUGAACGAGCAGAAGAUAGAGGAGCUGGGAGCACAGCCCCUCAAAGACCUGAUCAACCAGACUGGGGGCUGGAAUGUGACUGGUCACUGGGAUAAAGAUAACUUCCAGGAGGUGCUGCGCAUUGUCUCUGCACAAUACCGCACCUCGCCCUUCUUCUCAGUGUACGUCAGCACAGACUCCAAGAACUCCAACAGCAACAUCAUCCAGGUAGACCAGUCAGGGCUGGGAUUGCCCUCUAGAGAUUACUACCUCAACAAGACUGUCAAUGAGAAGAUACUGACGGCCUACCUGAACUUCAUGGUGGAGCUGGGAGUGCUCCUGGGGGGAGAGGAGGCCUCUACGCGGGGGCAGAUGCAGCAGAUCCUGGACUUGGAGACCGCCCUCGCCAACAUCACCAUUCCCCAGGAGCAGCGCAGAGAUGAGGAGCUCAUCUACCACAAAGUCACGGCCAGAAAGCUGCAGGCUCUGGCCCCGGCAAUAGACUGGAUGCCCUUCCUCUCAGCUGUGUUUGCCCCUGUGCAGCUGAACGAUUCGGAGCAGGUGGUCAUUUACGCACCAGAGUACCUGCAGAGAGUCUCGGAUCUCAUCAACAGCACCGACAAGAGUGUCCUCAAUAACUACAUGAUCCUGAAUGUUGUGCGCAAGACGGCCUCCAGCCUGGACCACAGAUUUCAGGACGCACAGGAUAAGUUUCUUGAGGCCAUGUAUGGGAUCAAGAAGAGCUGCACCCCCCGGUGGAAACUGUGUGUCAGUGACACGGGCGCCCUGGGAUUCGCACUGGGAGCCAUGUUUGUGAAGGCCACCUUCGCAGAAGACAGCAAGAAGAUUGCUGAAGAGAUGAUUACUCAAAUUAAAACAGCCUUCGAAGACAGUCUGCAGUACGUGGGCUGGAUGAAUGUAGAGACCAGGAAAGCUGCUAAGGAAAAGGCCGAUGCAAUCUACAACAUGAUUGGGUACCCCAAAUUCAUCAUGGAUUCCAAGGAGCUGGAUAAAGUGUUUAAUGACUACACAGUGGUGUCAGACCUCUACUUCCAGAACGUGAUGCAGUACUACAACUUCUCUGCCCGGGUAACUGCCGACCAGCUGAGGAAAGCUCCCAACCGUGAACAGUGGAGUAUGACCCCUCCAACGGUCAACGCCUACUACUCCCCCACAAAGAACGAGAUGGUCUUCCCUGCCGGGAUCCUGCAAGCCCCCUUCUACACCAGGACCUGGCCCAAGGCGCUUAAUUUUGGUGGGAUCGGAGUUGUCAUGGGGCACGAACUGACCCACGCUUUUGAUGAUGAAGGCCGGGAGUAUGACAAGGAGGGGAACCUGAGGCCCUGGUGGAACAACGCGUCCAUUGAGGCCUUCAAGAAGCAGACUGAGUGCAUGGUGGAGCAGUACGGCAACUACAGCAUCAACCGCGAGGCCAUGAACGGAAAGCACACGCUGGGAGAGAACAUCGCCGACAACGGGGGGCUCAAGGCGGCCUACAAGGCCUAUGAGAGCUGGACCAGGAAGCAUGGGGAGGAGGAGGAGCUUCCGUCGCUGGGGUUGACCAAUCAGCAGCUGUUCUUUGUUGGUUUUGCACAGGUGUGGUGCUCUGUUCGGACUCCAGAAAGUUCCCACGAGGGCAUGAUAACGGACCCCCACAGCCCAUCGCGUUUCCGAGUCAUUGGCACAGUGUCUAAUUCUCAGGAAUUCUCCAAGCACUUCCACUGUCCAGCUGGCUCACCCAUGAACCCUGCCAGGAAGUGUGAGCUCUGGUGAGCCUUCCCUCCCUGGACCAGCACAGAAAGCCACAUGCUGGAUUCCAAAUAAGGAGGCACUGGAUCUUUGACUUUCCAGGACUGCAGACAAUCUUCAGAACCACUAUGACCUUAUACGUUCAGAUGUCAUUCGGCAGCUCUUUCAAUAGCUGAAAUAAUAUAUAAAUAUAUAUAUAUAAUUAUAUAUAUAUAUAUAUAUAUAUAUAUAUAUAUAUAUAUACACUUCAAUAUAUAUUUUUUUUUUUUUUUUGGAACUACGUGAACAUUUUUGACAAAACAAUAAUUCUCUAAUACAAUGAAAAAGAGAAAAAAAAAAACACUGGAUACUGCGACUACUGUUUUUUUAAAGAAAAGUAUUUAUUUUCUGGCAUUUUACUAUCCAUGGAUUCUUAAUUGUGUUACCAACCCCAUCUUGGAAUUCUCUGUUGUCUCUUCAUAAGCCAGCCUGACAAGUGUGAUUUCUGAAUGUACCAUGAAGGUGUCGCUGACAAAAUUGGAGAGAUCAUACAUACAGCAGCUGGUAACAGUUGAAAACCGGGCUGCAAAUCCAUACAUAUUUCAACAGGAUAGCUAGGGCAAGUUUCUGUAAGAUGGGAAUUUGCCAUGCGUAUAUUUGCAGAAAUAAGCUUGUCUAUUUCAACAUUCUUAUUUAUUCCAUGAUGUAACAGUUCUCCAUGUGACCUCUAUCUUCAAACAAUAUCAUCUUUCAUAAUUAUAAAAUCUCAGUAGUUUAAAAUAUGAUAAAGGAAUGGAUGCAAAGUAGAGAAAUGUACCUUAAAAUAAGCAAGAUUGCCGACCAUAAAUUCAGUACACAUGGAAAAAUUAAGACUGGUUAUAGACACGUUCAUUUCUUCAAAUAUACCCUGUGGUAGUUACCUUAAAUAUGAAACAACUAUUACAGUAAUCGUUUCAUUUUUGGCUGUCACUGUUAUGCAAACUUCCCAUCGUAUAGACCCUUGUCCUUUUUGGGCUUGUUUACAUUUUAGCCAGGAAAAUUAUUUUCAGAAAAUCUAAAUUCAUUUAAAAAAAAAAAAAGAAAAAAAAAGUGAAUGAGGGGAAUCUAUUCUGGUGCCUUAUAGAUGUUUUAAUCAAAUCCAAAGAGAAAAAAAAAAAAAAAUCUCCACAUUCUCUCUGCUUUAUGAAUUGUAUAUUUUCCUAAAAUGCUUUUUCCUAGCUGAAAGUUCAUUCAAUUAGUAAUAAAAAUGAACACAUCAAGCAAAGAACAGUGUUGGUUUCACAAACCCUGGCUACCUUGGCAAGGUGGUCUCAGAUCACUGCUAAGCAGGGUCUGUGAAACCAGCUGUUACAAUCAAAAUGUUUAUCAUUUUAAAAUGUCAAACUAUUCAAACGUUGUUAGUCUUGUUAUUUAACAGUCGGCCUUGCUGAUUCUGAGAUCUUUCAAGAUGAGGAGCUCCUGGAGAGCUGAAGACAGUCUGCCCCCUGGUGUUAUAUGUGGAGUACCGCCUUGGUAAUGCAGGGUGUGGUUAAGUAUGUUAUUUUUGACAAAAGGCCUUUCUUUACACUACAGUGCUAACAGAGGUAUUAAGACAAUGGUCAUAUUACUCUGUAAUGACUCUGGGUAGAUGCCUUAGCAACUGUUUUUUUUUUGUUUUUUGUUUUUUGUUUUUUGUUUUUUAAUUUAAGCGUUAUUAUAUCAAACUUAACUGACAGAAGACCGCUCUAACUUUUUUUUUAGUUUUUUUGAAAUGAACUAUAACACUAACUCAAAAGUAACAGCUUUAGACUCUGUUCGAACCACUAAAUUAAAUUUCUGAGUUUUUUUUUUGUUUCGUUUUCUGGUCUGGUGGUUUUGAGUAAAUACUCGAAGUGUACAGUGAGCUUUUAUGUGACUCGAAACAGCUUUCAAGACUGCUUAGGUCUCCAUUGAGAAAAAAAGAAAAAAACAGCAUUCACAUCAGUUUCAUUUCCUGUUUUGAAUGCAAAGCAAAUUCACAACUUUAAAUAGAGCCUCCUACCUUGUGAUCCUAUUUGUUAUUUUGGUUUGAGGAAACCGUAGACUGUGGUAGCAGAUGCAAUCUUCAAAUCUUUUGCGCUCUUCUCCAUUUAAUUAAAAGAAAAAAUUGUGUGUAUAUAUAUAUAUAUAUAUAUAUAUAUAUAUAUAUAUAUAUAUAUAUAUAUAUAUAUAUAUAUAUAUAUAUAUAUAUAAAUAUUUAUUCUUUAUAUAUAUAUUUCAUUCAAAGUGGACAGCUCUACAUUGAUAUUAUGCUUAUUUUUUUCUGAUGCCAGUUUUGAUGUUUAAUCAAACAAGUUAUUUACCUGCAUGUGUUACUUCUGAUUUGCAGGCCUGUCUUUUGAGGUCUCAUUUAGUGACCUGGACCUGUCAAGCUAGGACAUCUCGCCCAUUAAACAAUUCAAAUAACGCAAAAUACCUAAUGCUGAAAUAAACGUAUUAAACUCAAUGGCAAACGUUUUGAUUAGAAGUUUUUCUCAAUGUCUUAAUAAAUUAAAUUUAAGUUCCCAUUGUCUAGUAAAAUUCCCAGCUCUUUUGCAGUGUGCAGGGUCGCCACUUUGCACCCAGCUUGCACCCUAUUACAGUAACACAAAAUCAAAUGCAUUUCAACCAGUGUGCCACCAGCAGCAUCCCUAAUGCACUCCAUGAGCCAGGCAUUUUACUAGGUGACUCACUCAGGACUUUGAGGUUGAUUUGAUUCUUUCCAGGAUUUCAAAGCAUUUUAUAAUCCUGGGGAAUCCACCUGGAUAGUAAUGUAGAGGAAAUGCCAGGAAUACCCAGAGAUAGGUGAUUCCCCAGUGCUGUAAAAUGGUCUAACAGAAUGUGGACUGGUGGGGUAUAAUUUGAUCAAAUUAAACCCUUAGAUUUACUCAUGUUUUUGGAAGGGUAUUAGACCUGGUUGGGCACAGAGGGGAAAAUUAAGAAAAAAUAUGGUGUUUUAAAAGAUUGAACUUCUGUUUUAUAUUUUUGUAUUAUUCCUAAACCUAGCAGAUGCAAAGUGUUUUAUAUAAGCUGCACUCAAUAAAACAUUCUUCCUUCUCUCGGUAGUGGGAAACCCAGCACAAGUUGAAAGUUUCAGUGCUGGACAGUUUUUGAGUGAUUUUCCAUUUCCUUUGUUUUCAAGACAUUUGAGAAACCACUGGGCUAAGAUGCUAUCUUCAUUUACCAGGAAAGAUGAAUGCAAAACUUGUAUAGCUCACAGCACAAACAGCCCCAUGUUCAGACAUCAGAAAGAAGAUUGUUCUACAGAAAUGAUGUGUUGCUAAACUUGAGUGUACCUAUUUGUGCACUGCAGCUCUUCCUUGCGUGUGUACAGCUCUUUUUCUUUCCAAUGUGAUGACGAAUGAUAUCUGUGAACACUAAACUCUGAUUUACCGCUUACUUUUGUUAAUGAUGCAUUUUGUUGCUGACAUUUGUGUUCGUUUUGCUGCCUUUUUUAUUUAAAAAAAUGUUGCCUACUUUUUUUAUACCACUUUAUUGUUUGUGUGUAUAUAUUUGUAUAUUGCGUGUGUAUAUGUGUACCCUCAAAUAUAAACACUGCCAAAAAAAAUUGCAUUAAAAUAAGUAUUCCAUAA